GGUCUUAAUUUUUAGCCUGUUGAAUCGACGACCGGGGAUGGCGAGAGGGAGCGCGCAGUCGCAGACGACAACAUCGGCGGGGGGCGGAGCGCGGCCGACCGGGCUGGGACCGCGGGGGACGCCGGCUGCUGCGGCGGGGAUGAGGCGCCGGCGGCUGGGCGGGGCCGGGGGCGGGGGCGGGGGCGGCGGCUUCGCUGGUGGCGGCGCCGGCGGGAGCAACAUGCUUCGGUUCUACACCGACGACGCUCCCGGGAUUAAGAUGACGCCCACGGUGGUGCUCGUGAUGAGCCUCUGCUUCAUCGGCUUCGUCACCGCCCUCCACGUCUUCGGGAAGCUCUACCGCAACCGAGCCGGCGGUUCUUGAUCCGCCGCCUCCCGAUCCGUUGGCUCGCGCCGGUGUGGCUGUUGGUCAAGGCUCUGGAAGAAUCCAGAGAAGCUGUUGCUGUUGCCGUUGCUGUUGCUGUUUAGACCACCUACUGUCUUCCUUCCCUUGUUAAAGUUCACCUUAUUAUUAUCAUCAUCAUCAUCAUCAUCCUUCAAGUUAGAUUCAUCACGUUUUGGUUCAGGGAUAAUAAUAAGAGUAUUCAUUAUAAACUGUCUUUCUCAAUAAAGACCAAAACGAGGUUUGUGGAAAUAAUAAGUGGAUUGCAUGAGUAA